AUGACCCCUUAUGUCUUUAAACGUCGUGCCGACGGUGUUCAUAUAAUUAAUAUCGGCAAAACAUGGGAAAAAUUAAUUUUCGCUGCCCGUAUUAUUACUGCCAUUGAAAAUCCUGCCGAUGUUGUAAUAAUUUCGGCUCGUCCAUAUGGUCAACGUGCUGUAUUAAAAUAUGCUUCGUAUACUGGUGCACAACCUAUUGCUGGUCGAUUUACUCCUGGAACUUUUACGAAUUAUAUUACUAGAUCUUUCAAAGAGCCUCGUUUGAUUGUUGUAACUGACCCAAGGACUGACCAUCAAGCCAUCAAGGAAGCAUCUUACGUUAACAUUCCUGUCAUCGCAUUAUCUGAUACGGAUUCUCCUCUUCGUUUUGUUGAUGUUGCAAUUCCCACUAAUAAUAAGGCCAAGCAUUCAAUUGGUUUGAUUUAUUGGUUGUUGGCUCGUGAAGUACUUCGCCUUCGUGGUACCAUUCAACGAGAUAUUCAAUGGGACGUAAUGGUUGAUAUGUUCUUCUAUCGUGAUCCAGAAGAAACUGAGAAAGAAGCCGAGACUACUACUAUUACUGAAAAACCCCCCGUUACAUUCCCCACCGGUGAUGGUUGGGAUCAACAUGAAAUUGCUGGUGAUUGGGACGCGUCUGGCACAACGGCACCUGGCGGUGUUAACCCUGCUAUUGCCGCAGUAGCUACUGCCAAUCCAACAACCGCCACUUCAAAUUGGGAUACGCCAGAAGCAGAAGAUGUAGGUUGGGCAGAGAGUGGCGGCUUUGAAACUUCAUUUACAGAAACCGCUACUGGUUUUACCGAACCAACUGUGUUCCCUACUGAGACUACUGCAACGUUUGAUUCUAAUACUUUUGCCGACUCUGGUGGUAAUUGGGCAGAUGAUACAAAUGAAAAUGUCAACCCUGGAUCAGGCUGGGAUUAA